AUGCUUGGCUUACGGAGAUUGCUGCAUGACGAGAACGCCCAGCAACUCUUUGAGACUAUCAGACAUCUGAAGACGGCAGAGCCGGCAGGAGCAGUGCUGGAGAAUGUCAUGGGCUUCUUGAAAGUGAUCCCGAAAAUUCUCAAGCUGCUGGCUGAAAAUUUGCCACAGUAA